UUACCGUCUUCAGCACACGCCCUGCUGCUCUUCACAGACACUGCAGCAUAUUUUCAGCUGAGAGACUCAAACACAGGCUUUGUUUUGUUUUCCUCUCUGGUUUUAAAUCUGUUAAACGCAGAGUUUAAACUAAAUUUUCUUUUUAGAAGAAGCUUCCUGCGGCUUUGUCGGACCUCCAGCUGUUGCACUCUGCAUUAACCUGACUCCGACACAUGUGACUGUGCAGUGAUUCAUUGUCUGAACUGAGACAGUUCUGGUGUGAAAAUCUGCCGGAGAAUAUGUUUGCUGCUGAAGCCAAAGCAUUUGUCCAGACGCUGGGAGGAACAGACCUCAUCUCUAAUGAUAACUUAAACUGUAAAAUGGAUCUGCUGACUCUGGUCAAAGUCACUGAGGGAAUUUUUUGGCCAGUACAGAAGUACAAAGUGAUACACUGCAGCCUGCCCGAGCUCACAGAGGAAGAAAACUUCUCUCCAGAUUACACCGAGGAAGUCUUGGUAGAUGACUUUAAGAACACUACAGAGAAGAGUGGGAGUGGAGGUAUAGGUGGAGAAUGCAGGAAUGUGGGUGAAGCUUAUAUUAAUGCCAGCACUAGUUCUGUGGAUGGACUGGUUCAGCCCGUCAACAUGAUGACAAAGAAGGCCAAUGUUAAAACUGUGGUGAGCAGAUUCAAGGGCAGGAAAAUACACAAGGAUACCUUGGACCUGCUGGGACUGAAAGAGAAGGAUAAACUGAUGUUUGUCUCUCAAAUAGUUUACAACUCCAGCCCUGUCAAAAUUAUUAGAAAGUCUACGACUGAUGGCUCCAUUUUCACUUCUUAUGUAAAGAUGCUGAGUGUCUUUGCAAAGGGGAGCGGUAAAGCGGAGACAAGCUUCACUGUGCCAGCAAAAUCAAUCUUUGCUUAUAGCCUGGUGGAGAUAAAGAUAGAGAAUGAGGAACUGAAGAUCUCAUGUGAGCCAUGGACUCGUAGUUUACUCGAUUGGCUCCUUGGUGACGACGUAAGCAAUCCAACUGUGAAAAAAGUAAAAGAAGAACUAGAGAUGAAGGAAGCUCUACUGCAGCCGCUGGCAGAUCUUCCUGAGUCGACCCGUCGUGAUCUACUGAAGAAGCUCAGCGAGCUUGCUGAGGAUGGGGAUGAUCUCUCUCUGCUGGAGCAAACAGUAAGAAGAAUAUUUACAACAUCUGAAGCUUCUUUGUGCUCAUCAUGAAGUUUCAUCUCCCACUGAUCUUAAUUCUUCAACUGAUGCUUCAUCAGUUACUGCAAGGAACAAAAAGUGAAGAGAUGGUUAAACAGGCAGUCAUGUGAGAAUG